GCAGCCAAUCACAAUCAAUCGUGGUGAAUGAGUUUGACCGUCCUGCGGCUGAACGCUAAUUCAGAGACAAAUCUGUGUGUACCUCAUCUUUAUCAUGGCCUCUGGAGCUUUGUUCCCCAGCAUGGUGUCUGGCUCUCGCGGCUCGUCCAGCAAGUACCUGGUGGAGUUUCGGGCGGGUAAGAUGACCAUGAAGGGCAGCACGGUCACCCCCGACAAACGUAAAGGUCAGGUCUACAUCCAGCAGACGGAUGACUCCCUCAUCCACUUCUGCUGGAAGGAUCGGACGACUGGGAACGUGGAUGAUGACCUGAUCAUCUUCCCUGAUGACUGUGAGUUCAAGCGUGUGAACCAGUGCACCACUGGACGAGUUUAUGUGCUGAAGUUCAAAGCUGGUUCCAAAAGACUCUUCUUCUGGAUGCAGGAGCCAAAGAGUGACAAGGAUGAGGAGUUCUGCCGCAAAGUGAACGAGUAUCUGAACAACCCGCCGAUGCCUGGUGCUCUCGGUAGCGGCAGCAGUGGAGGACACGAUCUGUCUGCUCUGGGAGGGGAGGGUGGUCUGCAAAGCCUUCUGGGUAACAUGAGCCACAACCAGCUCAUGCAGCUCAUUGGACCAACUGGACUGGGCGGCAUUGGUGGCCUCGGCACGCUGGCCGGUCCAGGCCUGGCCAACCUCCUGGGCAGCAGCAGCAGCAGUAGCAGCAGCAUUCCUGCAGCCAGCAACUCCUCAACAAGCCCGUCCACAGCCGUCACCCCCACCUCGACCUCUGCUGCCAGCCGCCUCAGCUCCUCCCAGGUGCCCACCACACCCAUCACUCCCUCUGCCACCUCGGCAGCCUCACCCACAGCCACCACCCCCUCCACUCCUGCCGUGACGUCUCUGACAGCGGGGACACCAAACCCCACACAGCCCAUCCAGCUGAGAGACCUGCAGAGCAUCCUGGCCACCAUGAACGUGCCGGCCAGCAGCCAAGGAGUGGACCUCGCCAGUGUCCUGACACCUGAGAUCAUGGCUCCCAUCCUGGCCAACCCUGAGGUGCAGCAGAGACUGAUGCCCUACCUCCCCUCUGGAGAGUCGCUGCUUCAGAGCUCAGAGGAGCUGCACAACACACUCAGCUCACCUCAGUUCCAGCAGGCCAUGAGCAUGUUCAGCAGCGCUCUGGCGUCUGGGCAGUUGGGACCUUUAAUGAACCAGUUUGGUUUGCCUGCAGAGGCCGUGGAUGCUGCCAACAAAGGAGAUGUGGAGGCUUUUGCCAAAGCCAUGGAGACGGAGACAAAGUCGGACCAGGACGGAGACUCCAAAGACAAGAAAGACGACGAUGAAGACAUGAGUUUGGACUGAACAACCGUUGACUGUUAUUUAAUUUAUUUAUUUAGCUGCUGCUUUUAUUUUUACACAGUAAGAAAUGUGGUUAAUAUUUAAAAAGUGUGAGGCUUCCUCUUAGCUGAUGUGUUCAUCCUGUGACAGUGUGUUGACUUAAUAUAUAAUGCGUUUACUGAGUUUAACAAAUGAACAGAUGGGUUUUCUGCCUGCAUGUCCUAACGGAGAACAGUAAAGUGUAGAGAAACGUG